CCCAAAGAAAAAAUCUCCGAUUACCCGAUUUAGUUAAAGUAAACUCAUUCACCGAUUUCAAAAUCACGACGGAGAAAUAAACCCUAAAAUGGAGAAAGAGACGAAAGAGACGAAAGAGAAGAUCGAGAGAACGGUUAGAGAGAUACUCAAUGAAUCAGAUAUGAAAGAGAUGACAGAGUUCAAGGUUCGUCAACUUGCUUCGGAGAGAAUCGGAAUCGACCUCUCUGAGAAAUCUCACAAAGCAUUUGUACGAAGUGUCGUGGAGAAAUUCCUUCACGAAGAGAGAGCGAGAGACUAUGAAAAAUCGCAAGUGAAUAAGGAAGAAGAAGAAGAAGAAGGAGAAGAAGAUGGAGAUAAGGAUUGUGGUAAAGGAAACAAAGAGUUUGAUGAUGACGGCGAUCUUAUCAUUUGUCGGCUAUCAGAUAAGAGAAGAGUGACGAUUCAGGAAUUUAAAGGAAAGACUUUGGUGUCUAUUAGAGAGUAUUACAAGAAAGAUGGGAAAGAACUUCCUACUUCUAAAGGAAUAAGUUUAACAGAUGAACAAUGGUCAACCUUCAAGAAAAACAUUCCAGCCAUCGAAAAUGCUGUCAGGAAAAUGGAAUCGCGUGUCUGAAUGAAGAACAUGUGAUGAUACUUAUCUCUAAACAUGUGUGUCUUCUUAAUUAGUAGUUCGAAUGUUCUGGUCUCAUGUAACUGUGUUUUUUUUUUGUCUCUUGAAUUGGUCGUAAUGUGUUUCCUCUCGAGGACUCAGUUAACGAGCUAUUAUCCUGAGU